AGUAGUAGAUCACAUUCCGGAAUGGAAAUCAUAACGAAUGCUCUAACUAUGUUGAGGGCUAGAGGUUCUAGAAGAAUGAAGUCAUGUGAGGACCAGGGUUCCCUUCUAAACGUACGCCAACCGGAUGAACCUGUCCUGAUCAUGUGCGAACCCUAAAUAAGGAGUCAUAGGACGUGCUUGAGUGGUUGAAGGAAAUGGAAGUAUCACGAGCGAAGUUCUUUAUGGUAGUCUUUCUAUCUUCCAUUGAUGUCAUUAUCCCAGGAUCUGUUCUGAUCAGUAGGCUUAUUUCGCAACCUAAAGACCAACAAACUUGGAAAAAGGUGAAUGACUCGUUUGUCGUUCCGUCGUCGGCAUGUUACCAAGGGAGAAUUGGAACUGGUAGUAAUUACUGCAACGAGUCUUGCACAAAAGAUGACUCAAAAGAACAGUAUUCGUGUGACUGUCCUUGGAAAUCUGCCACUGUAACUUAUGUGAAUAAUACAUGGAUAUGUCUAGAGAAUAAGAUGGUGCGAAAGAAACUCGGAUGUGCAAUCAACAACCUAUUUCAUCAUGAAAGAGAGUGGCAUGGUUUAUACACACUGAGCACUCAGCCGAGUUGGGGAAGAAAAACAACAUUGUACAACGAGGAGGCCUCCUGUGUUUUAAACACUAGUUCUUCGUGGGUUAUUGGAUGUCAUGGGGAAAAGACUCCUGUUGACAAUCUUACUAAUAGAACAAAGAAAAUAUUCUUCCUUGGAUGGAGAAACAAGAGUAAUGCAUACUAUAUAAAGGUGGUUGAUCCAAUCGCCAUUUUUCGGGGAAGAAUAAUAAAUCUGGGAGUAAGCUGCUCCCAACCUCCUGCUGACAUCAAAGAAGGCUGUCUACUCUUCAAACUGGAAGGAAACAUCACCUGUCCCGUUAAAUAUUCAAUGGGGUCAACGCUUAGUCCUGCAACAUCAUCCUUGGAGCUUACAUCACCUUCUGCGACGAAGGUCACUGAAGAGAAGAUUGACCCAACACAGAGUAAGGUUACUAAUGAGACUAUUUACCCAACACAGAUAUCCUCUCGAGCUACCCCAGGAAAAAAGAAGAAAAGCAACGAUGUUGACUCCUCUUCAAUAAAUGUUGGCAUCAUUGCCGGAGUGAUUGUUGCCGUCAUAAUUUUGUCGUUGCUGAUUACUGCUCUAAUCAUCUAUCGACGUCGAAGAUCCAGAAACGCUAGCUACACGAUUACCGAUGGUCAAGUAGGCAAUGAGAACACCACCACGUGCAACUCAAGGACAAACCAAGCGUUUCAGCUGGAAGAAAGAAGUCGUUACGUCUUGAACGAUUCCUGUUAUCGAUGAUAAAAAGAGGGGUCCCCUACCGCAAGGAAAUUCUGAAACUUUAACUUCAGACAACCCUUUGUACUUCGCCGUGGAAGACCUAACAGAAAUUCAAGAACCCGUUGGCAAUGCUCCAAAUCAAUCGGAACCAGUGUACAACGAAGUAGAUGAAAAUAGUGCAAUAGAAGCAGACAGGGCUUCGUGGUAUGGGUCCGUGCCCGUUGGAGAUACAUUUUACAGCACUUUGGAGGGACCCUAUCUAUACGACGCUUCUCCUUCUCCUCCUACAGAUGGCCAUGUUUACAAUGUCCUUGAAAGGUCCAGCCAAGGUUUUAUAGAGGGAGGAGGAGAUGUUUACUCUCAAUUGACUGCCAAAGACCCUGUGUAUAAUGUCUUAGAGGGUCCAGAUCCAUGUGACGAUAAUGAAGGCCCACUGUAUUCUAACAGCAUAGAGGUUCGAUACUCUAACAGUCCUACAAACGCCCCAAUAUAUGCGGUGGCCAAUGACAAAGGAUAAAAAGCCCUCGAACAGCAACUCGGGUGGAGGGCAGCCACAGGCCCAAAGAUGAGUAAACAAAUUAAAGGAUACAAAUUAAAGGAUUUCACGAAUGGGGACAAAGAUUCGUACAAAAUUAAAGUUCCUCUUGGCCUCGUAUAACAGACGAUUGCGACUGUGUGUUUUUCUUCCACACCCUGAAUCUUAGAUCUCUUCCUACAAAAAUUUUGUCUGUUUGAAGAAAAAACGAAAGAGGUGUUUCAGUGGCUUUGAUAGCCUUUUUCUACUUUACACAAAGGGUAUAUGAUAUUUUAUGAAGAGAGGUAUACAUUUGUUCAGGAUGUUUAAAUGAAAUGUUAAAUUUUGCCGUAUAAGAACAAAUUGUGCUAUGUUGGAAUAAAUUUUUCUUGCACCAACAAGGUGAAAUUUGUAGACUUUCGAAACUGAAUAUAAUAUUGCUCACAUGUUAAUCAACAA